AUGAUGUCUUUUGCUUCGGAAACUUUCCAUUGCAGUCUACUGUUUCUCUCGUUGUUUACGAUCAUUUGUCAAACGUUUGCUAAACCAUCGCAGGAUGUUGCAAAUUCGACAUCGGUUCCCAAACAAACCCAGCACUGUAACAAUGUGUAUUUCUACGAAGCGCCAAACAAGGAAAUUGCAAAAUUGCUGCAAAAAAUAACGAAACAACUCACUCAGGUACAAAACGACGUUAAUAUUCUGAAAGGCAAUAAGACUUCUUCAAAAGGUAAAGCAUUAACUAGUGUGAUUUUUUUAGUUCUCACUAAUCGACUACAAAUAUUCAUGUCCUCCGGUUUUUACUUCCGUAAUAAAGAUUACGGACAGUUUGCUACUUCGAUACAAUUAUCAGUUUAUCAAAAAUUUCAGAGGCAAAACUUUUAUCCUUUUUUUCUUAGAAAGCGCAAGGAACUCCAGAUCGAGAAUCACUACCGUGGGAUGUAUAUAAAUAGAUGUACUGUUAAAUAUCCCGCAGGAGGGAAACUCGUCAAGAAUAAUUUUAAUAAUUUUUACUUUGUUACUCUGUCUUGUGUCUCAACAGCUAAGAAGAACUGUGCUGAGCUGUACAAAUCCGGUGAGAAGCUCAGCGGUGUUUACUCAAUCGACCCUGAUGGUUCAGGAGCCUUCGAUGUGUUCUGUGACCAAAAAACGGCCGGUGGGGGGUGGACAGUGUUCCAAAAGAGACUGGACGGCUCGGUUGAUUUCUACCGUGGCUGGAAUGAUUACAAGCGUGGCUUUGGUAACCUGAAUGGCGAGUUUUGGCUUGGAUUAGACAAGAUUCAUCGCCUGACCAAAACCAGGAACAAGCUUCGAGUUGACCUAGAGGACACUACAGGCAACGCUGUUUACGCUGAAUACGACAUGUUUGCAGUUACAAGCGAAAGGACCAAAUACCAGCUUAGCCUCGGAACUUAUUCAGGUGAGGAGCUGAAGAAAGGGCCUCGUUUGAAAUCAUUUAGCCCAAAUAAUUUUGAUUUGCUAGUUUUCUGCUUUGUUUCUCCCAGGCAGCCUACUUCGAUUUAAUACCGUUUUUUACAUUUGAUAAUCAUUAGCACCAGUGCAUUGUCGUUAUUUUCCCUAAGUCUGAUUCCCUACCCUCCAAUUGUGCCUCGUCCCAGUGUUGGAUUAUAUUCAGUUUAACAGCAAUGUUAAAAUUUACUUGUUUUAUUCCUAGGAACUGCAGGAGACUCUUUUUCUUAUCAUCGUGGCCAUGCAUUCUCAACCAAAGACCGACAUAAUGGUAUCUCGUCCAGCAACUGUGCUGUUACCUAUAAAGGAGCCUGGUGGUAUUACGAUUGUCAUGCCUCCAAUCUGAACGGUGUUUAUCACCAUGGCAGUCACUCAUCAUAUGCUGAUGGUGUCAACUGGAAAACAUGGAAGGGAUAUCGCUAUUCUGCCAAGCGAGCUGAGAUGAAAAUCAGACCAGCGAACUUUUAGGCUGCUUACCAUACUAUAACUGCAGGUUUUCAUUUUUGCUUGGUAGCAGCCAAGUAAAAAGCGUCAGUUAAUUUUUGUCAACUAAAAACAAAACGCGGAAUAAAAGUUAUUGCCGGGAAAAAGUACGUGUUGAUAAAUAUAAUUCCCUUUGGUCAUCUUAAAUAGAGAGUGCCUCACACAUCAAACACUGCAGCUUGAAAGAAUGAUCUCAGAUACAGAAAUCUCUAAUGCCUUAAGGCAGGAUCACAAGGGAGACCAACUAUCAGUCCAAAAUAUUCCACCAAGUUUGACUUCAAAACACUCUACUAGUAUAUACCCGGGACCCACUAAAAAAUGUCAGAAUGUAAUGGAAAGCGCAAACCUUGAAUUCAAACCCCAAAAUUUUCGCUAAAAUCGAUUGAAAGAGACAUGAAAACGGUGAAUCGUUCAAAAUUGGAAGGGUUCCACACUGUUAAGAAAUAAUAUAAAAAACAGCAAUUUUUCUUUUCUUUUCCUUGGCAAGGUUUAUCUUUGGAAGAAUUUUAUUAGCCUUUCGGUAAGCAGUCUCUUAGCUUUUUCACCCGUGCUCGUGGGUUAGGGAAACUGGGAAGAAAUGUGAGGAAGGUGCACUCUCCCAUUUACCAGUUUUACGCCGAUACCCUCAAGUUGCCGGACGAGUUGACGACGGACCAACAAUUAAACGAUAGAGUGAAUUACAUCGGUUUCAAGAGAUCAAUUUUAAAUCAUGACACAAUGAUAACUGUUGUGUCGUAAAGGCAAUACAAGCAUGUCUGUCAGGUGCGGAUUUAGGGGGAGAGUGUUAACACAACUGGUAUUCCGCAAAAAGAAAAAAAUAUAUUGUUUAUUGGUGUUGAAGUAAAACAUGAGACUAGGUUGAAAAACUUAUGUUAAACGCCGAAAAAAAUUGUAGUUUGGCACUGAAGUCUGCUGUAUCGUCCUGGUGUCGUUUGAUAUGUAUUCUCAGCAGUUCACCGGCAUUAUGCUUAGUGAAAAGCCUUCUUCUUGGUAUUCGCUUUUAAAAUUUGUUUACGUCGUCAUUCAGUUUUUGGCGCCAUUCCUCAGUGGUGCAACCCCACCUAUGAAAAAUCCUGGAUCCGCGCCUGUUUCUAAUGAGCUGUUUUCUUGCUUGUUUCUCUCAGUUUCAGUGAGGAGAAUGAGCUUGAUUCCAGUGACCUAAACAAUAAAAGAUCUUCUCAGGCCCACCAGGAUGAUCACAAUAAAAAACGUUCUGGGAUUAUCGUUCCUAGUAAAGGUCGACAAGUUAAAGAAAGUAGAUUGAACCAGUAACGAAUCCCGUAAGAAUGCUAGUCAUGAAUUUUUGGGGGAUUAUUAUUAAACCAAGACCUAUGUAUUUGCGAAUGAUGAACCUGUAUCAAGUAUGGAAAUUACCAUGGCUCACGUGACUUAGCUUCAAGUCUACCAAUUUUUUGUUACGUCUAGUUUAGGGUUUAAACGCUUAGAAUGGCAUGAAAAAAGAAAAAAAGAAAAGAAAAGAAAAAGAAUUAACGACUGCUUUGUCAAAUAUUUUUUCUGUCUUUCUCUCAAAGUAUUUCAAUUCAUUAACGAGGUCAGUCGAUAAGCAUCUCAUUUUCUAUCCCAAAUGGUAUCACAAACGUGUUUAAAAAGUGAACAAAAAAAAAUUUAUGAGAAGACUUAGGUAGAGUUCGAUUGAGGUCAACCGUAUUCCGGAUUAGGUUCAGGGGUUGGCUUUUUUUUCGUCACUUUUCGUGUUCUUUUUGAGAAAAAAAAACGUUUUUAGUUUGUUUGCCUGAUCAACUUUUUCAAACAGCUUAGAACUUGGUUGAAAUGGUUGGAAACAAUGGGUACCAUCCGCUGAUCUUUCAGCAGGUAUCGAUUUUCGGUCAAAAUGCUCUGCCCUGUGUUGCGUCAUACGUCACUUGCACAUCUCCCAUAAUGUACCUUAUUUGCCACCCAAAAUUUUGCAUAACCUUUGUUCUUCAUUUCUCCUGGGUAUUACCAGCCGUCCCAAGAGAAAUUGAAAACAAUGCUUAUGAAAAAUUUUGGGAUGCAAAUAAGAUGCAUUAUGGGAGAUGUGUAAGUGGCGUAUCCACAAAUUUCGCUCUUCUUAAAAAUUUGCCAGAAGUGCUCGCGUGGGUCUUGCUAAAAACUUGUAAACAAAUAACGAAAGCGGUAUUUAUGCAUAUUGUGCAACUUCAAAAGCACUUGAAAAACAAAUAAAGGGAUAAAAGAAAAGAUAUUUUAACCACUGCUUCACAGACAUAAAUAUUUUCAUAACUAUGUUAUAGACUGUAAUACAUUAGUAAUUAAGUGGCAAAUAAAAGAUAGAUUGAUUGAUGAUUGGAGUGAAAUAAACUUGUUUGAACGUCCUAACCUGCACCCCUUUCAGCCACAAAAUAACCUAACAUAUAAUGUACUUCUUCUCAUCUUGAUUUUUUGUUUCAAACACACACGUCCGCCGAUUAAUCGGGUCGUAUUUCGUUCUAUUUCCAGCCGUUAUUUUGGAAAACGAGAAGAUUCUGGACCUGGGGACAAGGCUAAUUCUAUUCUGAUUCAUUAGCUGUAAUCGAUCCUGAUGGUUCAGGGGCCUUUGAUGUGUUCUGUGACCAAAAAACGGCCGGUGGGGGAUGGACAGUGUUCCAAAAGAGACUAGACGGCUCGGUUGCAGUGCCGUAGCCAGACCAAACGGCCAACCGAGGCAGGCGGGAGUUGCUAGGGGGGUUCGGGGGCAUGCCCCCCCCCCCGAGAAAUUUUGAACUUUAGUCUCUCGGAAAUGCGAUUUGCAGCCUUUUCUGGGCCUUUCGGUAACUUUUUUUCGAGUUAAUUUAAGUGGAAUUUAAAAAGCAAUAAUCAGAAACAAGCUACAUAAUCUGGGUGACCGUUAACCUCGCCAAUGGUUUUGAUCAGUAUUUGUUCAAAAAAAAUUUGAGUUAACGUACGUAGCCCCUUGAGAUCGAUGAUAUGGUAAUUUUUUCAUAGUAUAUUGACUGAAUUGCUGAAUUCUUUGUAAUAUCAUGAUGCGUUAAAAAUAUCCGAUGAUCGCUUAUGUAAAAUAAACAUUAUCGGCGAAAUUCGUCAAAAUUUUACCGAGGCGAGUGCCUCGGUUGGCCUCAUACUAGCUACGGCGCUGGGUUGAUUUCUACCGUGGCUGGAAUGAUUACAAGCGUGGCUUUGGUAACCUGAAUGGCGAGUUUUGGCUUGGAUUAGACAAGAUUCACCGCCUGACCAAAACCAGCAACAAGCUUCGAGUUGACCUAGAGGACACUACAGGCAACACUGUUUACGCUGAAUACGACAUGUUUGCAGUUACAAGCGAAAGGACCAAAUACCAGCUUAGCCUCGGAACUUAUUCAGGUGAUGAUCUGAAGAAAGGGCCUCAUUUGAAAUCAUUUAACCGUAAUAAAUUUUGAUUUCCUAGUUCACUGCUUUGUUUCUCCUCAGCCUACUUCGAAUUAAUGCCGUUUUUUUUACAUUUGAAAUCAUUAGCACCAGUCCAUUUUAGUUAUUUUCGCUAAGUCUGAUUCCCUACCCUCCAAUUGUGCCUCGUCCCAGUGUUGGAUUAUAUUCUUUAACAGCAAUGUUAAAAUUCUCGUGUUUUUUUCUUAGGAACUGCGGGAGACUCUUUUUCUGGUCAUCGUGGCUUUGCAUGCACAACCAAAGACCGAGAUAAUGAUAUCUGGUCCAGCAACUGUGCUGUUUCCUUUAAAGGAGCCUGGUGGUAUAGCAAUUGUCAUAGCUCCAAUCUGAACGGUGCUUUUCACCAUGGGAAACACUCAUCAUAUGCUGAUGGUGUCAACUGGUCUUCAUGGAAAGGAUAUCACUACUCUGCCAAGCGAGCUGAGAUGAAAAUCAGACCAGUGAACUUUUAGGCUGCUUACCAUACUAUAACUGCAGGUUUUCAUUUUUGCUUGGUAGCAGCCAAGUAAAAAAAGUCAGUAAACUUUUGACAAUCUAACCAAGAAAUAAAAGUUGUUCCAGAGAAAAAAUACGUGUUGAUAAAUAUAAUUCCCUUUGGUCAUCUUGAAUAGAGUGUGCCUCAAACAUCAAACACUGCAGCUUGAAAGAAUGAUCUCAGAUACAGAAAUCUCUAAUGCCUUGAGGCAGGAUCAAUGACAAGGGAGACCAACUAUCAGUCCAAAAUAUUUCCUCAAGUUUGACCUUAAAAACCUCUACUAGCAUAUAACCGGGACCCACUGAAAAAUCUCAGAAUGUAAGGUGGAAAGCGCAAAGCUUGAACUCAAACCCCAAAAUGUUCGCUAAAAUCGAUUGAAAGAGAGAUGAAAGUGGAUCGUUCAAAAUUUGAAGGGUUCCAUACUGUUGAGAAAUAAUUAUAUAAAAAACAGCAAUUUUUGUUUUCUUUUCCUUGGCAAGGUUCAUCUUUGGAUGAAUUUUUUUAGCUUUAGGGCAAGCAGUCUCUUGGCUUUCACUCGUUCUCGUGAGUUGGGGAAACUGGGAAGGAAUGUGAGAGAGAAGCGCUCUCCCAUUUACCAAAUUUACGCCGAUACCCUCAAGUUGCCGGACGAGUUGAUGACGGACCAACGUUAAUUAAAGGAUAGAGUGACUGAAUUACAUCGGUUUCAAGAGAUCAAUUUUAAAUCAUGACACAGUGAUAACUGUUGUGUGGUAAAGGCAAUACAAGCAUGUCUUUCAGGUGCGGAUCUAGGGGGAGGGUGCAGGGGCUACGCACCCCCCCCCCCCGAGAUGACCUACGUCUUUCUAACACAACUGGUAUUCUGAAAAAAGGAAAAAAAUGUGGAUUAUUGGUGUUGAAGCAAAACAUGAGGGUGACUAGGUUGAAAAACUUAUGUUAAACGCCGAAAAAUUUGAUAGAUAAGGCCAUGACUCUUGAACCUCAUGGCCUAAACCGCCGUGACGAAUUAUUGUAAUCCAUAUCCUUAGUAUUUUUCCUAUCCAGUUUUUAUGUUGUACGUCAUUUCCGCCUCUCCCUUUUAUUGCGACAUUCUCCAUCUAUAUAAUAUUGUGAUUGCUACAUAAGUUCAGUAACAUCUGUAAACCUGAAGAAGGCUGGUAUGGCCAGCCGAAAUAUUGUUAUAAAAAACAAUACACGUUGUUUUAAAUCAGCUUUGCUGUAGUCUUCGGACUUCUCGUUCUAGUUUGGCACUGAAGUCUGCUCUAUCGUCCUGGUAUCGUUUGAUAUGUAUUCUCAGCAGUUCACCGGCAUUAGGUUAUUGCCUAGUCAAAAGCCUUCUUCUUCGCCGUGAUUCGCUUUUAAAAUUUGUUUACGACAUCAGUCAGUUUUUGGCGCCAUUCCGUAGUGGUGCAACCCCCCCCCCCCUAAGAAAAAUCCUGCAUCCGCUCCUGUUUGAAUGAGCUGUUUUCUAGCUUGUUUCUCUGUUUCAGUGAGGAGAAUGAGCUUGAUUCCAGUGACCUAAGCAAUAAACGAUCUUCUCAGGCCCACCAGGAUGAUCACAAUAAAAAACGUUCUGGGAUUAUCGUUCCUAGUAAAGGUCGACAAGUUAAAGAAAUUAGAUUGAACCAGUAACGAAUCCCGUAAGGAUGCUAGUCAUGAAUAUUUGGGGGAUUAUUAUUAAACCAAGACCUCUGUAUCUGUGAAUGAUGAACCUGUAUCAAGUAUGGAAAUUACCAUGGCUCACGUGACUUAGCUUCAAGUCUACAAAAAAACAUUUUUUGUUACGUCUAGUUUAGGGUUUAAACGCUUAGAAUGGCAUGAAAAAAGAAAAGUAAAAAAAGGAAAAGAAUUAACGACUGCUUUGCCAAAUAUUUUUUCUGUCUUUCUCUCAAAGUAUUUCAAUUCAUUAAAGAGGCCAGUCCAUAAGCAUCUCAUUUUCUAUCUCAAAUGGUAUCACAAACGUAUUUAAAAAGUCAACUUUAUGAGAAGACUUAGGUAGAGUUCGAUUGGGGUCAACCAAGAGCCAUAUAUGGCUCUUGGGUCAACCGUAUUCGGAUAAUUAGGUUGGUUGGCUUUUUUUCGUCACUUUUCGUGUUCUUUUUGGUAAAAAAAAAAGUUUUUAGUUUGUUUGCCUGAUCAACUUUUUCAACCAGCUUAGAACUUGGUUGAAAUGGUUGGAAACGAUGGGUACCAUCCGCUGAUCUUUGAGUAGGUAUCGAUUUUCGGUCAAAAUGCUCUGACCUCGAUUUUCAAGUGUUGCGUCAUACGUCACUUACACAUCUCCCAUGAUGCACCUAAUUAGCCCCAUAAAAUUUUGCAUAAUCUUUGUUCUUCAUUUCCUCUGGGUAUUACAGUUGUCCCAAGAGAAAUUGAAAACAAUGCUUAUAAAAAAUUUUGGGAUGCAAAUAAUAUGCAUUAUGGGAGAUGUGCAAGUGGCGUAUCCACAAAUUUCACUCUUCUUAAAAAUUUGCAAGAAGUGCUCGCGUGGGUAUUGCUAAAAACUUGUAAACAAAUAGGAAAGCGGUAUUUAUGCAUAUUGUGCAACUUCAAAAGCACUUGAAAUAAAAAAUAAAGGGAUAAAAGAAAAGAUAUUUUAACCACUGCUUCACAGACUAUAUAUUUUUACAACUUUUAUUUUCUACGUGAAAAAAAAUCUGAUCAUUCCAAGAAGUUCAGAGGAAUAUAGAGGUGCUACCAUAUGGAACAGUUUGCCAAAUAGUUUGAAGGAAAUUAAGUCAUUGCAGUUGUUUAAAAGGAAAUGAAAUGUUUUGUUCAACAGAAAUAUACUUACUUUACGUAGUGGAACAUAAAUAAAGUGUAAUACUCUUGCUGCUUAAUAAUAUCUAAUGCCACCAUUUUCAAUACGAGUGGUUAUAAUACAUAAAUUAAAGGGAACCUCCGUAGAAAUCUAGAAAAGCUCAGCUGAGCUUGCAGAGAUCUCCUGCUAAUAGAUUAUGUUAUAGAUGUAAUACAUUAGUAAUUAAGUGGCAAAUAAAAGAUUGAUUGAUUGAAUGAUGAUUGGAGUGAAAUAAACUUGUUUGAAAGUCCUAACCUGCACCCCUUUCAGCCACACACAAAAAAUAAUAAUAAUAACCUAACAUAUGUAUUUCUUCUCAUCUUGAUUUUUUGUUUUAAACACGCAGUCCGCUGAUAAAUCGGGUCGUAUUUCGUUCUAUUUCCUGCCGCUAUAUUGAAAAACGAGAAGACUCUGGACCUGGGGACAAGGUUAAUUCUAUUUAUUCAUUAGCUGUAUUUAAUUUUACUUUUAGCCGUCUCCUUGAGUUACAAAAUCCUAAGAAAGACAAGUUUAGGGACUUAUAUAGGAGAAAAAUCAGGCUUAUAUUUGGCAUUCAUCGUCAUAAACACGUCUUUACACCGGUUUUUGAAGAAGAACCGCGUUGACAACCUUGGCAACAGAGGACAAAGAAGUCCGGAAACUAUACCCACGAGGCAAAAUCACUUACACUAUACGGCUUUUAAACCAAAACCUGAAGAAACAGAGUUUAAGAAACUUGUCAAGUAUUUAUGACAAUUAACUUGUGGUCAAAAACGUUACCUUUUUUCAACGGGAAAUUAUGUCACUGAAAUAUUUCAUAAGCUUUAAUUUACUUUUGUUUCAUUGUUUUUGUAAAUUUUUCAGAGAAUAAAGCCAGCGUUAAAAAACACCCCUGGCAAAUUUCCUCCGAUUCAAGUUUUCGGAAUUUUUUUCAGCUGAUUUUGCCUACGUGGCUGUAACCGCUCCAUAAAAUGCGGUACGUAAGAUCAAUAUGGAUUUUCACCUGAGUAAAAAUAAGUUUAUGUAAAUAAAAUUUCUAAAAAAUAAAUUCAGUGUCCUUAUUUAGUUGGCUAUUUUAGCUACAUUUUUUAUAUCCAUAGUCAUUGCUUUGGUAUGCAAAUAUGAUCGUGACUGCACUUAAUUUUGCAAUUUUCUUCAGCUCCUUUUGAUUCCAACAAAUUACUUUUAAAAAAGAUCGUCGACUGAAAAUAUAAAUAAAAUGGUCCGCUCUGGUGCAAGUAAUCAGUGCUUUGUGUUUUUUAGAGAUGGUACAUUUUCUAUAGCCUGAAUUUCAUCCGAUUACUUCGAGUUGUUAUUACUCCCUCAGUAAUUGAGGGAGUAAUAACGACUCGAAGUAAUCGGAUGAAAUUCAGGCAACAUUUUCUCCUGUUUCUCCUUUUCUUGUAAUGUUAGUUUUGGCGAGAACAAUUAAAGAAAACGCUCAAUACCUAUUCUGCAUUCCAUGUAUUGCUAAAGAUUUAAUUAUUAUUCCUCAGGAAACGCAAAUGAAAACUGAGAGCAAAUAUAAAGUACAAAGGCUAGCAAAUUACGCCUGGGGAUAAAGUUAUUGAAGCUCAAAGUGGAAAGGACUUAAAAACCGGGUUCAAAUUUCAUGCUCUUACAGGAGGAAUCUUUGGGCGUUUUAGAUUGAAAUGAAAAAUAUUGAUUUGUUUUUCUUCACAGAAAAAAUCUCAACAAAUUUUAGCUUAUGAAAUCGAGAAAAACGAUCGAAGGAAAGAACUGUAUCUAUAGAAAAAUAAAGCAUAUAACCUGCGAAAUUCAAAUUCCUCGACCUUCGCCGCCAUCUUGAAGAUUUUGAAUCCACAAUGCAUCGAAAUCGUAGUGGGCACACCACCUGACUUGUCUUCAUGUGAUGAUAAAUACAGAUGUUAAGCAAAACGAAAUGCAGACUUGGUGCCAACAGAGAAACAAGACCUUGAAAUGAUGACCCCCUCAACUUCGAUUCUCUUAUUACAGCUAACAAGUGAACAUCUUGUAAUGCUGAAUGACAAAACAAAAUAAGCUCACUGUGUUAAAAUACCUUGGCCGACUAUUCUGAAAAAGCUCCUAGUAUUUUAUGAGUAUAUCACAGCCACGCAUAUCACUAAUCAGUACCUCUUAGCACUAGUUGCACUGAUUUCACGGUGAAUUCAAAAUGUUCGGCGAACCGCGGGUCUUACCUCCAGUGCUUUUCAUGAUUGAAGCAUUGAACAAAGCGUUUCUGUGCCGACUUUUCUUGGUCAGUUGCAAACAGGAUGCAAGUGAUUACGAACAAAAUACACCAGAAUACACUUAUCAACGGAAUGAGACUGUUUUUUCCCUGAGAAUUGGACAGACUUUCUUUUUCAAGAGCUUCUGGAAGAGAUUCAAAGCAAAAUCGUAUAUAUCUACAGUGUAAUUAACGAAUAUUCACUCCGCAGUCGAGAUGUUCACUCCACGUCAUCUUGACACAAAUGAUCAAAUUUUGAAUACCGCCCAUGAUGCUUAGCGAUCGUAGUGCGCACACCACAUAAGACUUAAAAAUAGCUGAACAAGAAAUAAAAUCUUGUCUGUAGUGCUUAAGGCAAAACUCGUGUACAUAAAGCAAUGAUUUUCUUUACUUAUGAGUCACAUCACUUUCAUUGAUCUGCCGGAUAACUUACUGACCGUACUAAAUUGUUCACCAAAAUGUCGUGGAUUUUGAGUUUUCGCUGGAGCUUAGUGCUUCUGUUUGCGUUGGUGGCGAUGGGUUCGACCUUUGCUAAACAAGCCAACGCUAAAACUCUGGCCAAAAAAAACGCACCGUCUCUUAAAGGCACGCAACAUUGUAACAAUAAUAUUGUUAAAAUCCUACAAGAAAUUAAGCAACAGCUAUCGCAGGUUGAAAACGACAUCAAAAUUUUAAAAGGAAAGAAGACUUCAGGUAAAUUAAGUGAUUUCGAUAGUCAUAACUAAACUCCGUGCUGUUGUAAAAUAGUGAUUUCCUUCGUCCUCGAUUACCUAUCAUUUGAUUUCUCAACAGCUAAAAAGAACUGUGCUGAGCUGUACAAAUCUGGUGAAAAAAUCAGCGGUGUGUACACAAUCGAUCCUGAUGGUUCAGGGGCCUUUAAUGUGUUCUGUGACCAAAAAACGGCCGGUGGGGGGUGGACAGUGUUCCAAAAGAGACUAGACGGCUCGGUUGAUUUCUACCGUGGUUGGAAUGAUUACAAGCGUGGCUUUGGUAACCUGAAUGGCGAGUUUUGGCUUGGAUUAGACAAGAUUCACCGCCUGACUAAAACCAGGAGCAAGCUUCGAGUUGACUUAGAGGACACUACAGGCAACACUGUUUACGCUGAAUACAACAUGUUUGCAGUUAAAAGCGAAAGGACCAAAUACCAGCUUAGUCUCGGAGCUUAUUCAGGUAAAGAUCUGAUUUGAUUUGCUGGUUUGUUGGCUGUUCCUCAGUCUUCUUCGAUUGAAAAUCUUUUAUUAAUUUCAAAACAUAUGGUAUGUUUUGAAUAUAGGUGACCAUGAUAAGUCCAAUAGUCAGGCCAGCUAAGUCGGCUUUCCAUCAGGGGCACCCAAUGACGGUUUCCUCCUAAAUGCAUUGAAAACACUUUUUAGGCUAUCCAGAGUCCUUUGAGAUCGUUAGAAAAGCAUUCUAUGAGGCGCUGAAAUCUGUAUCUAUUCGGUCAUCCUAGGGGAACUUGAGUUUUUCGAAAUUACAAGGGCUUAAGUAUUAUUUUUCCGAAAAUUUUGGAUGAAAUUUAACGUAUUACUAAAGUGAGACAUUUUCCUCUCUCCAUCACAUCUAUGAAUCCGAAAAUUUUAGGUUUCCUUUUUUCUAGGAAAAAUAACCUAACCUGGGAAGUAAAAUUCGAACAUUAACCUUCAGAAAACCGUAGGGAAUUUAUUAGAUAAUUUUCCAAAAUUGUACAUGAAUGGAACGGUCAUCUAGAAAUUUUUAGCCUUCCCCAAGUAAUAGAAAAUUCUAGGCAAUAUUUGCUUCUCCGAACAGAUAUUUUAAAGAAACCAGUCGUUGGGUGCCCUUGUUCCCUGCCCUCCUUUUCUAACAGUAAUUGUAAAAGUCUCGUGUUUUAUUUCCUAGAACUGCAAGAGACUCUUUUUCUUAUCAUCGUGGCCGUGCAUUCUUAGCACCAGUCCAUUGUAGUUAUUUUCGCUAAGUCUGAUUCCCUACCCUCCAAUUGUGCCUCGUCCAGUGUUGGAUUAUAUUUUUUAACAGCAAUGUUAAAAUUCUCGUGUUUUUUUCUUAGGAACUGCAGGAGACUCUUUUUCUUUUCAUCGUGGCAGUGCAUUCUCAACCAAAGACCGAGAUAAUGAUGGCUCGUCAAGCAACUGUGCUGCUACCUAUAAAGGAGCCUGGUGGUAUAGCAGUUGUCAUACCUCCAAUCUGAACGGUUUUUAUCACCAUGGGAAACACUCAUCAUAUGCUGAUGGUGUCAACUGGCUUUCAUGGAAAGGAUAUCACUACUCUGCCAAGCGAGCUGAGAUAAAAGUCAGACCAGUGAGCUUGUAGAACUUUUCUAAAACGUAACAGCGCUCAUUUUUGUUUGCUAACAGUCAAGUAGAAAAAAAGACUGAUCAUUUAAUGAUUGUCAAUACAACUGCUAAUAAAAUUUUAAAAACGCUCCCUGGCAAAAUAUAUACAUGUAUACGUUUUGAUAAUUUGCUUUAGUUUUCUUCUAACAUCUGUAAAGAGCACCCCCCAAAAAAUCCUGCAAAACAAUAAAAUGAGCUUAAAUAAAAUCUUAAAUGACCUGAGUUCAGAACCACUGGCAAAGGGAUCAUUACUCCAAAUCCAUUCUACUACAAUGUACUGAAGUUUGCAGUUGACUCAUCCCAAUGGUACUUGCAAGGUAGUAGACCCACUGAAAAAUCCCAUAAUGUAAGGGAGAGCUUUUGCACAAUCCCUAAAUGGAACGCUAAAAUGUCUUGCUAAAAUGUCUUGCAAUGCCUUUCUUUGAAAGAUGAUUCCAGUCACUUUUAUUUUUUGGAGGUGGAAGCUAGAAGUAAAUCGGUUAACAUCUGAAUCAAUUAAUAUUAACUGCUAAGCUUUGGAGGUUGUCUUGGUCAUUCACUUAUAAAAUUUCGAAAUAUUUUCAGAUCGGCAAGUUGUGUGGUCUAGAAAGAGUGUUUUCGAGAACAGGGAACUAGUUUUCCAGUUUACAGAUUCUUCAGGAGCCAGAAUACCUUGACUAAGAUCAACUGAAAUAGUGAGAUUUUAAAAUGCACUGACAACACAAAUGUCAUGGUGCAGAGUGUAACCUAAGAAAAACAUCAGAAUGAUACAAAAAAUGCUAACAUUGGCCCAAUAUACACAAAAAGUGAUUUUCCAAUUCUAUUAAAAAUAUGAAGUGUAACCCACGCAGAGAUUGGAUGGGAGUCUUGAAGCAACCUUUCCACUCAUUCUUACAAUACAAUAUUAACUGAAGCGUUUACAGCAUUUUACGGUGACGUGUUCAGGCCCAGGCCAGCGGUGAGGUUCUUAUUAAUACCACUUAAGGUUACUCAACCCAGUUAUUUUAUGAGGGUACCAUCCUACCUUUGAAGCCCUCUGGUAUCCCCACCUUUACUUUGAACAUAAGUCUGACAUAAAGCAUGGAUAACAUAUAGAUCACUCUACAAUAUAGCAUAAAAUUUUUAGCGAUCGGAGUAAAUGUCACGUAUAGUGCCAUGCCUCAUUGGGGUCUGAGUCGAAAUUCUGCUGUUGCUGGCAUUUUUUCGUGAAAAUCUCUCAGCUACAUAUAGUGCGUAUUAGUGCCUUGCGUUGAACAGAUUUUCACCAAAAUCGCAAAGACCCAAUGUGAGAAAUUCAGCGGGGUCCAAAUUUAGGUCACAAUUUAUGCAAAAAUGGUAAGCAAACUUUACACGAUUAUAUCUAAUAAACUAUGAGAUUUAUUCCUUUAUUUUGAGGAUCUUUAUAACGGAUGGGUCCUUGCAAGUCAGCAAGUUAAGAGUCCGUACAAAUUACAGUUUUAGCUAUUUGUUGACGUUUGUCAGUGUUUAAGAGUCCGUCUCACAAAAAAAGCAUUUUCUUAAAAAUUGGUAGUUUUUUUUUUCCUUCAAAUUUUUUCAGGGCCACAAUUGAUUAACUAACUAUCUGGAUUCUGAAUUUCAUGAUCAUUGAAAAACUGUCACAUUAUCUUCUAUAAGCCCAAACUUGAGUAAGCGUGCAAAGAAAGUAGUGUUCGAUAGCCCGGGGCUAGUGGAUUUUGCUAUCGGGCUAGUGAAUUCUGUUUUUAACUUGCCCAACAGGCAAGAGAUAUUUUUUUUAGAAAUUCGAAUAACAAUAACAGUAGAACUGUAAUCAAUCCUGCUCAUCAAUUUUUUUUCGGGCUAGUUGAUAUGACUUUCAGGCUAGUACAUGCUAGCUACAGCUUGCCUGAAUGGCAAGCUGUAAAACUGACUUUCUUUGCACCCUGUUGAGUAAACAUUGAAGAUUUUUAGCGUUUUGGCUGAGUUUGUGCUUUGGGAGUUUUCUAUUGUUUCUAGUCUGUCACGAUACAGCAUUUUUAUUCAGCACGCGUCCAAUGACCGUGCUUGCCUGACUUUCGAAUUCUCACCGAGAUAUGAUAAUUUUGGUACAGUGAGACAGGCGAUGGCGUGGUACAUAGAGGUUUAACUCAUGAUUUUUAAUCAAUUCUUGUGCUUCCUGUGCCUUUGCAAAAAAAUCAAGAAAUGCUACACACUAAAUCUACUUACUAUUAAAAAAAUAUCAUUUUCACAUAGGUUUAAUGACAAGCCAAUAAUUAAACCAACUCAUCACUUAUCCUUUUAUCUGGUAGUGAAAAAAUUAACUACACUUGCUCUAAAAUCUUUCUUGCUUGUCUUGCUUAGAGAUAAUGCUAAAAGCCCUUGUACCUCCUGCAGUAUACAAGGUGCUGAGGGUGUUCAUGUCUAGACGUUACGUGACGGGAAUCCCUCCUAUUUUCUCAUACAAAAUUAUCAUAUCUCGGUGAGCAUUUGGAAGUCAGCCAAGUGCGGUCAUUGCACGUCUGCUGAACAAGAAUGUUGUGUCAUGACAGACUAGAAACAAUAGAAAACUCCCAAAGCACAAACUCAGCCAAAACACUAAAAAUCUUCAAUAUUUACUCGAGUUUGGGCUUAUAGAAGAUAAUGUCACAGUUUUUCAAUGAUCAUGAAAUUCAGAAGGAAGGGAAAAGAAGGAAGGAAAAAAAACUACGAAUUUUGAAGAAAAUGCUUUUUUUGUGAGAAGGACUCUUAAACGCUGACAACCGUCAACAAAUAACUAAAACUGUAAUUUGUAUAUGUUUGCAUUGCUCAAAAUCGCGCGCAUUUACUAGGCCCUAAAGCUUUUUGCUGCCUUGCAAGGACCCAUCUGUUAUAAAGAUCCCCAAAAUAAAGGGAUAAAUCUCAUAGUUUAUUAGGUAUAAUCAUGUAAAGAUUUUGGUGAAACUCUGUUCAAUGCAAGCCACUAAUACGCACUAUAUAUAUGUAUCCGAGAGAUUUUCACGAAAAAAUGCCAGCAACAGCAGAAAUUCGACUCAGUCCCCAAAGAGGCGUGGCACUAUAACCAUGUGACAUUUACUCCGAUCGCUAAAAACUUUAUGCUGUAUUGUAGAUUGAUCUAUAUAUUAUCCAUGCUAUAUGUUAGACUUACGAUCAAAGUAAAGGUGGGGAUACCAGAGAGUUUCAAAGUAGGAUGGUACCCUCACAAAUUAACUGGGUCGAGUCACCUUAAGCCUACCCUUCGAAGCCGAAGAUUGAUGUCUUCUUUUAUUUGCUUUGAGAUCCACUUAGUUCACAACAAUUAGCCUGUGAACAGGCAGUCUGCUUGGGGAAAGGGUGCGAUUUUUUCACCCUUUCCCCAAACAGAGAGCCUGUUCAAAGGCUAACAACACUAUUGAAGCAGAGCCAAGAUAAGAAACACAAUGAUGCAUCAUAACAGGCCUGUGAACGUGCUCUAAAUUUUCUUCCCCACUCGAUGCCUUACAAAGUUUUAAAGCCAGUGUAAUCAUUCUGCGGUAUGUUAGUUUAACAUCGCCCAAAUACCUUUUAUCUUUCUCUGGCAAAUACACAUUUCACAUAACAUGACACUGUUUUCCUUCGCCUUGAUCACCAGCGUUCGUUGUAUUUAAAUCAUUGCCGGUCUCCCUCGUUGUACUUCCAGUCCGUUUGCUUUUUCCGUGGUCCUCUUUGAGACCGUAUUUAGCCCUGAUCUCCUCGCGUUUCUUUUCUCUCUCGGCAUUUCGUUUGGCAUGUUGUUUCUCUCUUUUAGCCCUCGCUGCAGCAUGCUGUUCAUUACUUUUCCGCAGUUCUUUCGCUGAAAUUCCUUCAUCUUGUACCUCAUCUUUGUCGGCAUCCCAUCCUAAACUCUUACCAACAGACGAAAACUUACUGGAAACUGCUGCCUUGGCGAUUGAAUUCAUCUCCUUUACUCUCUAUUCUUUCUUUAUGAAUAUUAGUGUUCCUUGCAGAACCGUCUUCAGUCUCUUCAAUGUAAAGUCACUCGCAAUGUUAUGCCUUGGUAACCAUAUCUGUUUAGCUUUGUAUCCCGGCCUUGUUAAAAUUUGGGAGGUCACUUUGCGUCCUUCUAUUUCUAUGUCAGCUGUGUACAAUACUUGAUUGUGUAUUUUGAAGCAGAAAAUUGCCAAAACAAUGAGGUGAGCUUUGUCAGUUUCAUUUAUUUUCACGCCAACUUUAACAACUUACGUGAAAUCAUAUUCUGCACGAUUGAGUUUGAUUUUGAGUUCUCAACUUUGAACUGGAUAUCACUUCACCACUCAGCUGAACUUGGAGCUAACUUGCUUGCCAAUGUUGUAGUACUACAGUGAGUACAGCUGUUGUAAAACAGUAGUUCUGAACUAACACUAUUUUCCCUAGAAGCUGUCGUUGAGGACUUACCCUGAAGAAUAUACAGACGAACCCCGACAACUCGAUGGCUAAUCAUUUUACCGUUUCUGAGGAAAUAAGUUAGAUUUGCACUGUACCACACUGAACGGCUGAAAAGUCAGUAAUCAGUAUCUUUGACAUGGCAAAUUGAAUUUUGGAAUCCACCCCGAUAACUCGAACCCUCGCUAACUCAAAGCCCUUUUUGUUUCCCUUCAGAGUUCGAGUUACCGUGGUUCUUCUUUAUUGCAUUCACACCUGAAGUCUUCCAGGUUCUACUGUAUUGCAUUUCACACCUGAAAUCUUCCAUAAGUUGUGGGUCUACCCCGGAAGAAUUUCUCUUUUUUUUUUCUGUAAAAAGUUGCAUGAAUUCUCUAUUACCCCUUGGUGUGGUUGUUCAAAAGAAGGAUAACACCAUAGUUGAUAGAGUGGAAUGGAUAUGAAGUCCAUCAGACUCUUUUGUUAUACAGGGCUUCUGAUAUUCCGCACGGUCAUGGAGCCGUGAAAUUCAGGUAAAUCCAGGAAAUUCACAAAAACAUGCAAAAUACUGCAAAAAUAGUAAGAUGUGAAACUUAUCUCAGCUAUUGGGGCUGUUUAAUUGCCGUAAACAUGCAAAUGUUUCUUGAAACUUCAUCACCGCAAUGAGCAAACACUGUCCCAAAUCUACCAGGUGCAAAUUAUGUCGUGAAAAACUGAGCACCAGUCAUGAUCUUAAAAGCUAGUUUGCCAUCGGCUCAUUUCUCGAGCGUAUUGUUGUUGAAAGAGCAAAUGAUUAUCUCUGUUAAAAAAAGGGAAAAAUGCUCAUCAAAUUAGCACAAAACCGAUCAAUUAUUUCUAGCAAAAUUUGCCCUGAACAUUCCCAUGAAAUUGGUCGUUUUUUACCGAUUGUUUUUCAGCAAAGUUUGCCCCAAAAAUUCCCCAGAAAUCAGCCAAUUUUUCUGUGAAUUUGCUCUGAAAAUCCCAAGAAAUUUGUUUUUUUUCCGUGACCUAUUAGAAGCCCUGGUUAUAUGUUUUUGUGGACCUGAUGGUGCACAACAUUCAAUAACAUUCCUAUCAUUUUGGUCUUAUUGACCAAUAAAAACAACGCAUUAAUUUAUUUAGUCACAAUUUGUGAAAAGAAAACAACAAAUGAUAACUGUGUAUGGCGUGAGGGUGCACCCAACAUAAACAGCAGCAUUGGCACCAUUGUUUUCAUUUUUGGUGUUGAGUCCUUUCAUCACCACUCUUUUCUACUACAUAUGAUAAAGCUAUCCACCGGAUAAAUCUCUAUCCAGUGGAUAGUGCAUCAUUGGUUUCUAUCAUACAGUUUACUUAUCCGUUGGAUAAUGAUUUAUCCAGUGAAUAGCACUAAUUUCCAGUGAAGAUUUUCUCAAAAAUUUAAGUUUCACUCCAAAGAAAUUCCUACCAGUUUGUUUGUUCUUCCCCUGAUGAAGUCCUCCUUACUUCUAAAUUACCCCCAAAGAAUUCAGAAUUGCUCCUAAACCUGGGGGAUGCAAAAUUGAUGCAUAUUUCCUGUUUAAAUGGUAAUUAAAAAGUCCUGUCACCUUAAACCUUCACUUUAAGCUUUAUUAAGACUGUAUCAUGUCCUGCAGUGAUCGUGAUAUAAUUUUUAUGGCAUACCUAAGUUUGCUCUAUUCAAAACCACUAAGACAUACACAACCAGUUUUUUUUCUGCAAGGCUUAAUUAUUGUUCUUACAAAAUGUAAAUCUCUUUCAUCCUGAUGAUCACAUAUUACUUUGCACUUGAAACCUUAAAAAGGAAACUGAGAAUUUCAAGAACAAAGGAUGAGAUUGAACCAUAUUUCUGCAAUGAGUAUUUUGAUUAAUUCAAGUUUUAAUUAAUGUGGAAUUUAUCUGACUGGUAAUUGUACACUCUACAUUUUAGAUCUCACACUGGUCUCAACGUACUAUAGUCUUGAUAGUGAUGUGUGAAAACUCAAAAAAACCAAAUGAAAGUGGAAACCAUUUGACAAUUGACCAGAAAGCUGCUGCCAACUUUGUAGAUUGUUCCAAAUUAUCUGGUGAAAGCCCUGUUCAAAUAAGUGAACGUACAAGGGCCCUUAGUAAUGACGUGUGGGAGACAUUCUUUGAUGCUGAUGGCAGAGUGGUGAACGAAUCAGCUCUCAGGAGAGCAGUAUUCAAAGGUAUCUUAUAAUGUCAUGAAAGAUAUUAAUCAUCAUGGAUAAUGCGUAUAAAGGGUUUAGUUUUAUCGUUUGUCUCACGAUUGUCACUUUGAUAUUGAUCGCAACGUUUCGACUGCACACUGCACGUCUUCUUCAGGUGAUAGUGUCGAUUUACUGAGUCAAACUAUUUGUAUCACUGUGGUUGUUAGUGAUUUGUGUAUCACAAACGUCGCUCAUGGUUGGUGGGUUUCGAUCCAAAGCAUUGUGGCCAUUUUCUUCGUCUCUCAAUGCCAACAAAUUGCUUUGGAUUGAAACCCACCAACCAUGAGCGAGGAUUGUGAUACACCAAUCACUAACAAACAUGUUGAUACAAAUAGUUUGCAUCCGUUUAGUGCCCCCCUGGCACACACUUUGUAUUGAAAUGUCUUGUUGCCAUCUGGGCUGUAUACUUGUAAGUGGGAGUCCUGUGCAGUAACAUAAAUUUACUUUUGUGUUUUUUGAAAUUAUAUUUUAGGUGGAAUUGAUUGCAGGAUUAGAAAGGAAGUUUGGAGUUUUUUGUUUGGAUUAUAUCCAUUUUCAUCCACAAGGAGGUACUGUAUUAACACCAUACUACACUGUGCAAUAUCAUUUCAUUUCUAAAUUUCAGCUUUUUUACCAACAUUUACAUGUAAAUUACUAAGGACCUAAGACUAAGAAAAUUUUAAAGGCUGUCGUGACAAACAGAGCACUGUCAAUGAGAUAAAAUUAGUGUUUUCUUCAUUUUUUCUGUCCAUUCAAUAGUACUUUGUAAAUUAUACUAGUCACGUAAAUUGAACUAGCCAUGAUUAUUACAGUGCUAAUACACAGUCAAAUAUCUGAUUUAAUUUUAGAGAAAGAGAAGCCCUUUCUGCUGAGAAUGAUGCCCGAUACCAAGCUUUGAAAAUGAGAUGGAAAGAACUUGUACAGUCAUUCGAGCCCCCAGUUAAUCCAGACAUCCCUGAAUCAAUACCUUUAUACUUACGUGAAUGUCAGAGCUGUAAUGCUGAACUCAAUGAGCCAAAUGCUCAAGGAAACCGUGAACAAGAAGUUCCACUGGUAGGAGAGGAUCAAGUUGUGUUUCUGAGUUUGACAGCAAAGGUUUGUUUGAUAUCUGGUUAUUAGGUUUGUUUUGAACAGUGUUCCAUGUAUUCCCUUGUAGAAAUUCAGUACAUUUAAAGUAUACUUUAUAUAGGUGAUAAACACUUUAAAAAGUAUACUUCAUUUGUACUUAAAGUAUACUUUAAGUAUACUUACCAGAAGUAUACUUUAAGUACACAACUUUUCGACACCUAAAAAGUAUACUUAAAGUAUACUCAAUGAAAGUAUACUUGAAGUAUACUUAAUGGGAAGUAUACUUCAAGUAUACUUAAAAUAUACUUAAAGUAUACUCAAUGCAAUAUGUUAAUCAAUCACUGAGACACGUCAGACUUGGAUCAAUUAUUUUGUAAAAUCAUUUAUUGAUAUAACAAAAAAAACUACCCCUAACUUAAAGCAAUACAAAUGUACUAAAAAAUUAUAAAAAAAUAUAUAGCAAAUCUUGUUGAAAUAGGUUUCCACAACAUAAAAUAUACAUUUUCUAUUCCUAUCAAAGGAACUCACUGCAUUUGAUUACCAUAAUAUAUUAUUCUUCUUGAUUUUAGUAAAAUUUUCAUUGACAAUGAGAUCAUUUCAAGGAAGGUGCUUGUAUAUUAACAGGUUUCUUUCUGAACUUUCUUUAACUCACUUGUACUUAAUAAUUAUUGCUUCGAACCAGCACACAAUAUUCUUCUUAAUUUUAGUAAAUGUCUAAUAGACAAGAAUGAUUAGAUCUGUACUCUUUGGCUAGAAAGUAAAUUGUGCCAUUACCUUAUUAAAGAAAUAUGUCUACCUAUUACGUACAAAUUAAAACUGGAACGAAAUGCGAUCUAAGGAAAACAAGACUUGGGUUUUAUAUUUUGAAUUUACACUGCACUUUAGGCGAAGUAAACAAGCUUUCGCUUUGUAAACCUUAAGGGCUUAACUCGUGUGUCAUUUGCAAAUGGCUUGCAAAGAAGAAUCGAUAUAUAUUGAAACGACUGGAACCGAUACAUUUUCUACCCCAAAACUUACUUGUAUCGUCAAAAUUCAGUCAUGGUGUACUUCUUUUGUUUUCUUUUCAAGUUCCACUCAUAUUGUACUCGAAUGGUGAAGAUAAAUUAAAGGCAAUAUUCCAAGCGUAUAAAUAUCUUGAAGACACUCUCAGCAAAGCUCAACGAACGUUCCUUCGAAUCUGUAUCGGCCGCCAAAACCAUAUAUGGAAGUUAGGUAUGCUGUAAAUGAUUCAUACAUGACCGUAUUAGGAAAUCCACAAGAUCCCGUAUAUGUUCCCACGGUACUGGAAGUCAGAGGUAAUUCAACACCUUCAUAUAUUCAUUUCUUUCCUCGAAUGUAAGCGAUGGUUUUGCUUCGAGUUCUCGUUCUAUUACUUAAGGUCCUCGUAAAAAAGGAGGUUAAACGACCCCGGCCUUAAUUACAUCCGAUAUCUUUUACUGCCAAGUGCAAAAAUUCCACGAAAGACGUUAAAGAAAUGCCCGAAACUGUGCGACUUUGCCAUUUCGCCCAGGGAUCGGCGGAUGAUCUUCUUACGAAGGAAGUCGACUGAACAGCUAAUGUGUGCCCUGUGUAUCUAGAAACCUGUUAUAUACUUCACCACUCUGAAGAAAUCUUUACAUGAUCUCAACUGUGUCCUUAAUAGAAGAAAACUGAUUUGAUCUGAACAGUAUUUUGAAGUUAAAUUAUAUAUACUUAAAGCAUACUUUUAGUAUACUUUUGUCUUGUAGUGAUUUCAAGAUCCGGACAAACCUUCUUAGGUCCUCAGAUCAGAAUGUGUCUUUCAGUUUCAAAGUAUACUUAAAGUACACUUUUCUUUGUGAAACUAUUUUUCACAAGCACUGAAGUUUGAAAAAGUAUACUUAAAGUAUACUUAAGUAUUUGAAGUAUAAAUGAAGUACAUUUGCCAAAUAUACUUCAUUUAUACUUUUUUUCUGGAAGUACAAACGAGGUAUACUUCAAAUGUACUUUUUUUCUGAGAAGUACAUAUAAAGUAUACUUGAAGUAUACUUAAAGUAUACUUAAUUUCUACAAGGGUUGCACUUCACACGUGAACAUUGUCCGUAUUCACCAAAGUCAGGGUUCCUUUCCUGAAUCUGCUGGUACUAAACUUACAUGUACAUGUAGUUUGUUAUUAUUUAAUACUUACAUGUAACAGCAAGAAGCACAUCACCUUUGAAUCUCAUUUUUCAUGUCAGACAAGAAUUGGGUCAUUGUGACCAAAAUUAUAACCAAUGAUGCAUUUCCAUCAUCAUGGCCUUUGUGUUUUUGUUAUUUUGUUGUUGGUUCUGCUAAUGGAAAAUCUUGCUCCCUAUGCCUUGUUAAAGUGCUGUCAGGAGCAUCUGUAUUAGUUAAAAGGCUUCAAACACUUACAAAAUGCAGUACUGGGUAAGUGCGUUUAUGUGGAUGGAGAUGCACCUGAGGCAUCCCUUUUUCUACUCUUUAAAUACAAUAAACUUUGUAAAUCAAGGUGAAACAUUGCACUUAGAGGGUAAUAAGAGUGUCUUGCCCACUGAAUGCAAUACAUGAUUAACACAGCCAAGACUUGAACCUAGACCUCAUGAUACCUUCAUAUCCAUGGUGUUAUGUUCAUUAUUCCUUAUUCCAUUCCUGUAUAUGUACAUUAUUUCCUUUAUUAAUAAAGUAAAUAACUGUUUUGUUGUUGUUGUUGGUUUAUUGAACAAAUUUAUCAUAACAUUCUUGUACAGUGUAUUUAACAAGUACCCAUUAAGUAAGACAACCACUAACAUGAACUGACUCAAAUGUUUGCUUCAGUUUCAUGCCCAUCGACAACCAGUGGACAUGGUUAAGUUGCUUCAGUCAAUUAGGGUUAUAGAUAAGGAUGUGCCAAGGACAGACAGAGGUCAAGUUUAUUUUGAGUAAGUAAACUCUCUUCUAUUUUUUAGUCUUGAAUAAUAAAUUUUUUAUGUUAUAAUGUGUUAAAAAAGAAGCCACUGACAGAGUCUGGUCUUUGCAAGGUUAAAACAAGACUGCAGUAGUAACUUUAGUCUCUAGUAAGUGGUUGAAACUUGAUUUUUAGCCAAAGGUAGUUGCAGCCAGAAUUUACCAGAUAUGCGCAUUAGAUUAAAGGAGACACACUGAUUUCUUUUGUAUUUUCCUUUUUUUCAAUUUAACGAUGUUUAAGUGAACAUUUAUCCAUUUCUUCCAAGGUGCACAUCUUGUGUAAUGUACCUAUAAAACUAAUAAUAGAACUGUGUGACAGAUUUGUGCAUAUUACUGAACACAUUGUAUAGUAGAUUCUGGUUUGCUUGAAGUAAGGAAAGUCGGCUAUAUAUCUAAUAAAUUCAAAAAAGGCUGCUUUGUCAAUGGGGCAUUGCUAAUUGUGCAUUGGGCAUUUGGAUAUACAGAACUCACUGCAAUAAUUUGCCUUGGAGCAACCGCCUAACAAUGGGUUCUGAGUGCGCACUAUGAUUGCCCAAUGCCCAAUGCCCAAAGCAACCGUUAUUAAAUCAGGUGUAUUUACCAGAAGAAGGGCAAUUUCAAAUAGCUUUAAUUUGUUAUAAAAUGUAAUCACUUUGUUGUGCGAACUUUAAACAUGAUGUUCUUUAUAGGGGAAAGGGAAACCAGAAUCUCCUUGUUCUGAGGGAUAUUUUAAUCACAUAUAGUGCUUAUCAUCAAGGUACAGAAUUCAAAGAUAGGUAAUAUCUAACGCUUAUUUCUCCAGUACUUCGGCCCAGUAUACUCACUUAGCUACGGAUAUCUAUCAUGCAUAUUUUGAUAUGUAUGAACAUGCCUUGUGUUCUGAAUAAACUGGGUUGUCACUAGGGGUUGGGGGAUUUCCCCAUUUAAUAGAGACCUUUAGAUUCGAGGACGAAAGCAACUGCGAGUACGAGAUUUAAUUUCAGUUUUUUCGCGUAUUUUAAAAAAAUAGACACCCCGGAAUUGUUCAUUGUACUUUUUUACACCAGAAAAGUUAGCACUGUUUUCUUUAUUGGAUGAGGUUAAGCCCUCUCCCGAUCACAAAAUGAUCAAACUUCUAACAUUUGAUGACUUGUUUCAGUCACUUCGACAUUCUGGCUAAAAACUCGUAGUAGAAUGACGAUGGCCAUCACAUUUUCCCGCCAAAAUCACGUUGGUUCGCGCGUGCACUACUUAGCAUUGGGAAGAUGUCGUUCUCCUAGUCGUUCUCGUCUUAGAAUUCUUAGAAUCUAAAGCUCUCUACUGUGAGAUUGACCCUUGACUAUUCUCACAUUAAAAGAAACCUUAAGUUCUUCCGAGCUGCGCAAUUCCGUACCUAAUAAUUGCCUACACUCAGCAACUUAAAAUCUAAGUCAUGCGUGACAGCCCUGGUAAAGAUGCAAAACAAAAGAAAAAUGUAAUGUUUUUUUUUGUCGCCAUGUAUGAACUCAUAAUUUUGUUUCAAUGAAGUGACUGUACUUAAUUUCUGUGCUAGAUGUAGGUUAUGUUCAAGGGAUGAACGACAUCUUGAGUAGAUUUCUAAUCGUGCUGGGAUCUGAAGCAGAGGCUUACUGGUGUUUUACUAAUUAUAUGGACACUGUAAAAGGUGACUUCCUGGAUGAUGGAAUGCUGAAUAAAAUUAGUACGUAUUAGAUUAUUAACUGAAUGGUUACUGUAACCUUGCACUGUUGUCACUGGGUCAAAUCAUGGCCUGACAUUUUAUUCCUCUCGCCAACAGGCAAAUCUUUGCUCAGAAAUUCGCCACUUGCAUUUUGAUUCAUUAGAAACUGGUUAACAUGUAACCUUGCACUGUUGUAAAUUCACGGCCUGGCAUAAUGUUAUUUCCUUUAUUGCUCUUGCCAAAAGGUAAAUGUUUGCUAAAUCCACUUAGCCUGCGUGGCAGGCGCUUGGAAGUAGUGGGCGCAAAGAAAAACAGGCGCGCGAGAAGGAGACACGUCUCCCUCGCUCGCGCCAGAAGGAGACACGUCUCCCUCGCGCGCGCCCGUUCUCUCUUGCGCCCACUACUCAUGCUAAAAUCCACUGUUCAUUUCAGGGGCGGAUCUAGGGGGAGGGUGCAGGGGGUGCGCACCCCCCCCCCCCCCGAGAUGACCUGCGGUUUUCCGAUACAACUGGUAUUCUGCGAAAAAAAAACUAUGUGGUUUAUUGGUGUUGAAGUAGAGCAAGAGACGAGUGCACCCCCUCCUAAAAAAAAUCCUGGAUCCGCUUCUGCAUUUUGAUACUAAAACAUCACUAACAAUAUCAAAAUAUACCUAUACGUUGUAAACGUAAUUGCGAGAAGCUGCUAGUUAUCAUUAGUGAACUUGUAUUGUAUGUUUUUUGGAUUCUUUUUCGACUUUUAACAAAGAGAAACUUGAUGCCCAUCUUUGUAGAGUGUUUAUAAAGGAUUAAAUUAAAGCAUUUAAGAUUUUCGCUUCUCCUGCAGAACAUGUUAGAUUGUUGCUGAGAAAAAUGGACGAACAUCUUUACAAUCACUUUGAAGCUCAUGACAUGGGUGACAUGCUGUUUGUUCACAGGUACAUUUAUAAAUAUUGGCCCCCGUGAAUAGUAAUAACGACCUUUAGAUGCGAAGACGAGGGCGAGUAUGAGAUUUGACUUAACUUUUUUUCGCGUAUUCUCAAAGUUAAGACUUCCCGGAAAACCUUAGCACUGUUAUCUUUAGUGAAGGAGAUUACGCGCUCUCUUGUUUUUGCGACCAUGACAUUCGCGCUAAAACUCGUAGUAGAAUGACGACAGCUACCACGUUUUCUCGCCAAAAUGUUGGUUCACGCGGGAGUUCUACCUUGUAUUGAGAAAAUUUCGUACUCGUCUUAGAAUCUAAAGGUCUUCAGUGAUGAACGGAAUGACAGAAUGACAGAAUAAAAUAGCUUGAGGAAAUGGUCGAAUAAUUUAUUUGAUAAGACGUUUUCAUAAAACGAAAUUCCAUGCAUGUAAGUGCGUCCUUUUGAACUAUCGCUGCUUCCGAGCCUGUGAAAACAUUGAAGAUCAAAUCUGAGGUACAUGUAGGGCCUCCAACCUCGUUUUCACGAUUUAGUUUAUUUAAAAAGGAUGUGAACGAGGGUGAAGCCAGUGCAUACUCUGCCAUGCCAAAUUGGGACACUUUGCCUUAGGAUUUCCUACUUUGUUCGUUAUAUUUUAAUCACUUUUGUUUUUCUUUGGAAGGUGGCUUGUUUUGACUUUUAAAAGAGAGUUUCCAUUUGAGGACGCGCUAACCAUGUUUGAGAUUAUAAGUAGCCAGCAUCUUGAAUUGUCUUCAAUGGAAGCUGAAAGAGAGCGCGAGAGACAAAGAGCUAAAGAACUAGAAAGAGAUGGUUAGUGAGUUCAUUAGUGAUGUAUUCAUGAAAUGAAGUAGGUGUAUUAUUACUUGAGUCUUACCGUGGCCUUUUAUUCCCUGUUUUUGUGAUAAGUGUCCUCUUUCCAAACAGAGUUACAAUAUCUAUUCGAUUAACCACCCUGGGCGCUUAUUAAAUUUUUGGACCUUGAGAGUGGGCGCUUUUUCGAGUUGGCGCUUAUUAAAUUUUCACCAUUUUCAGCAAGUGCAGUAUGUUUAUUCUGCAACAAAACAGUAACAAAGCAAGGUUACUGUAAAAUACUCUGAAGAAAAGUCCGUCUUCGAGAAAGUCUCUCACUUUUUCCAUUUUAAUUUCAAUCUCAUUGUCACUCAAGUCAAUAAGUGAGUUCUCUGGUGCUGUCUCCUCGAUGUCCGACAUCGUAACGUCGGCAAAUGGGUUCGUUGCCAGAGAAGCAUGGAAUCAAUCAGGAUUUGCAAUUCGUGUAUGGGCGCUUAACUUUUUCUGCCUUUAGGAUGGGCCUUUUUUUUUAAGUGGCGAUCGCGACCCACCCCCCUCUUCUUCACGCUAGACGUCAAUAAAUCUCCCGCGCUUUACAUUUUGAUACGCGCGCUUGACGAUCCCUAUAGAGAAUUUAGAGGGUUUAGUAGCCUGAACAUCACGCUUUUUAAGUUUAGAAGUGACGAAAAAGCGGAAAUGGCCUGAGUAUGACUACAAGUGGCAAAAUCGACUUGAUACAUGUUAGCACGAUAGUUACAAACCUGCCUGUUCAUGUUUAAGUCUUAAUUGUGCUUUUGUUGUUGUUGUUGUUGUUGUUGUAGGAGGGGAAUUUCAUGUUCAAGUGGUAGAUAUGAACACAAACUACUCAUUCGAAGUGUUUGUAUGCCUAGCUGUGUUAAAGGAAUACAAGAAUGAAUUGCUGAAAUCUUCAGAAAUCUCAUCGGUUUACAACACCAUUCACAGGUAACUAAUAAGUUUGAAUAGUUUGUGAAAGUGCUAUUAUAAUCGUUAUCAUUCUAAAUGCUAUAGGUUUAGCAACGGGACUGAACUUGUAUCCUACAUGUACAAUUAUACUUAUAACAAUACAACAUUAUACUUCCCGAAUAACGCCGCUGAGAUUUACGUUCGUAAAUUUGUACACGUAGACAACAUUAAAAGUCUUGAUAGCAAAUUAUUUAAUGACUUGUCCCUCGGGAGACAAGUUAAUUUUGUUUCCGUAAAGGUGAUGUUACCCGGGACGAUUCGCAAUGACGAUUUUAAUCGUAACACAGCGUUGCAACAUUGUUGCGACAUUGUUUUGAAUGGUUACAACAUUGCUGUUUUUCGCUAAAAAUCGUCGUUGUAAAUCGUCCUGUGUAAGUGAAAAAUCACCUUAAAAUCUCAAAAUGUUCCUCGGCUCUGCCUCAGGAAACAUACCCGGCGAGCAGAGGCUACAUUUUCGCUGUCUGAGCUGGCGUGCGUAAAGUAGCUACUUUUCGCACGCCAGCUCAUACCGCGAAAAUGUAGCCUCUGCUCGCAGGGCACAGGAAACAGAGAUUCUCAGGGAGCGAAAUGAACUGUUUCCCUUGGAAACAGUUACCAAAUGUACAUGUUUAUUGUUCAUCCUUCAUACCCGGGUCUUCGGGGAGUUUAAGUAGUGACGUUUUUGAGCGACGCACGUCGACCGAAAGUGGACUUUUUGCACUCUUGAAACUUGAUUUUGUACAAAUUUUGGGCAAAUCGUCUCUUUAAGAAUGAAGACACUUAGCAAUACAAAUAAUGGUAGCGUCAAGGCUUAUUAAAAGAGAAAAGGCUCACUUUCGGUUAACGUGCGUCGCUGGGGCUGUGUCACGGCAGUCCACUUCAUUUUGUUUAAUUUCGCCAAUUACUCGCCCUCAAUCGCUAUAAGCAAAGUAGGCAAAGAAUUUCAUGUAAAUGACAAAAUCAGAAAUUCGAGACUAACAAAUAUGUCUCCUGAGCAUUAUUUUUGAAGUUGCAAACAGCAGAGAUGAACUUUGAAAAACUGUUAGGCUGAACAGUUUCCAAAAACCCUGUUUCAAUCCGUUUCAAUCUUCUUCGGUUUUGCCCAUCCGUGGCAUUUGUUGUAUCUGUUGUGUUAUUUUAAUCUUCCUUUAAUGUUUUAAGUGGUUACUUUUAUGUUCCUCUUAAUUUAACGAGCAUUUUGUAAUUACCUAAUUUUGCUGAAUUUCGUGACACAGCUCCUUUUUUAAGCUCCCUUUCGUUGUACUUAGUCCCUCUGUAAUUGCUUUCCCUUUUAACGUUUGCGCUUUUUUCCUUCUGUUGCAGUUUAUCAAUGAAAAUGGACCUGAAUAUUAUUCUCAUGAGAGCGGAAGAGUUAUUUUUCAAAUACUGCCGUAAAUCUGUUGAAGACUGCUUUCAAGUGGUCGACCUCGAGAAGAUUUCUUGACAUCAGUCGAUGAACUGAUGAUCCCUGAGCUUAAUCCGUCGUUCCCCCCCCCCCAAAAAAAUCAUUUUAUCACCAAAUUCGAAAAAAGAGAAGUUCAUUUGCCCUUUUUUGAAACUGUGUUACACAGUUUUACUUGAUCGGUGAUAACUGCAUUAUCAAACAACAAGCUAAAGGAAUUUUAUAGUUCAAAAGUUACAAGACAGAUGCGCUCUUGUCAGAAUGUAUUUUACCUUGAAACAAUGAAGGGACAAUUCACAGCGACACGUUUGUUUUAAGAAUUCAUACGUAAUAAAGUUGAAGUACUUACAUCUAAUUUAUGUGACCACGUCCUUUAGCAAAAGGACGAAGAAUAUAAAUUAUAAUGGGAAAAAAGAAAACAAAUGGUAGUUCAUUUAUAGAUUUACUGUUUUAAAAAUAUGCAUAAGUAUUAAUUUGUUUUGUUUGACUCACAAAGUUAUUUUGAAAGGUGAGCUUUACACAUAGUAUCUUUUAGAUGUAUAUUAAAUUUGUUUUGUAUAUAUAUACCAAAAGCGCUUUAUUGCAGCCGAAAAAGACUAUUUAGAUUCCUCUUCUGCCUACCUUCUUUUGAUGCUGUUUUUAAAAUUAUUUCGCCUAAUCUUCAGGUAACAGGAAAGAGUUUGUAAUAUAGUCUUAGAUGUUGCAAAUAAAAAUACAAAUUUUGAUGGUG